UUUUCAGCCAGUUCCGAACGUGACAGCAAUGAUCUCGAGCUCCCAUUGGCUCCUGUCUGCAAAUACGUCACAAUCAUGAUUAGAAUUGAUGAUCGGACGUUCUGAUUUCAUUGUCUAGCAAAGGGGACUGGUGAAGAAAUCUGCUGAAUUUGAGCGUUCGUCUGAUUUUAACAUCAAAAAUGCCACACUACCCAGCGGCAUGUCGGGUACACUGAGACAAAAUGGGUACAAGCAAAAUAGUGCAAAUGUAGAAAUACUGAGGUUUCGCUUUGAUCUGCAUGGCUGCCCCAUUCCCCUCCAGCAGUAGAAUGGAUGCGUGGCCACAAAGGCGUGGCCUGCAGACAAUGAACCUGCGGUCAGUAUUUACGGCUGAGCAGCAGAGGAUCCUGGAACGUUACUAUGAGAAUGGGAUGACCAAUCAGAGCAAAUCUUGCUUCCAGCUAAUACUGCAGUGUGCUCAGGAGGCCAAAUUGGACUUCAGUGUUGUCCGGACAUGGGUUGGCAACAAAAGGCGUAAGCUCGCCUCCAAGGUUCCCCAGAAUGGAGGGGUGUCUCAUUCCUUAUCUAGUCAUGGACUAGCUGGGGGAAUGCUCUCCAAUCACACAUUGGCCGGAGGUGCUUUGUCCAAUCACAGCCUAGCAGUAGGAGCGCUGCUUCCUGCUGACAUGACUGCAGCACGGAGCAUCCAGAACCGCGUGCACCUUCUCCCUCCAUCCUCGUCCUUCCCUUCUGUCUCGUCGACACCUUCCCCGCCCUCAUCUUCCUCACCCCUAAGCAGUGGAAGCAACAACAACAAUGAUGUAAUACUAACAGGGAUCUACUCUCUGAACUCUGGCCCUCAGUCCCGACCGAGAGCCGCGGCCCCACCGCCUCAGUCAGACUCUGACCUCUCUGCGCACACAUCCUCAUCUCUGAUGAACCAGGUGCUGCAGAUCAGGAACAGUUCCUCCUCCUCCUCACCCGUCCACUCCAAGUUAGUGUCACUUUCUCAGAAUCUCCCAUCCCUCACUUCUGCCUCAGGGCCUUUAGUCUACACUGCAGUCAGAAAAGGCGCUUUAUCCCUUGGGGAGGGGGGGGUAAGCGCAGGAGCAGGGGUAGUACCUCACAGCUGGACUAGACAAUACGGUACAGCGCAAAUUCGCCCUUGGUCCUCUUCCUCACAAUCCCAGACUCAGCUUCAGCCCAGACCUCACUCCAACCCACAACCUCAGCCGCCUGCUCCGCAGAAAACUCGGGUCUCCUUGCCAGUUCACAACGCCGGCCCCUCCUCUGAUCAGACACCUCGUAUUCAGCAGGUUUUUACCUUGUCAGAAAAGGGCGACAGGGACCGCCUCAGACCUGGACCAACAUCAGCUCGUAAAAGCCAGGAAACCCACAGGCCAGCACCUCUGGACAACAGUCAUAACUUCUCCAUUGCCAUGGAAACUGGAGAUGAAGAAGAUGAGUGGCAAAGGGAAGAGGAGUUGGCAAAUAUGGCUGCUCAAACACACAUCCACAGGGAGCAGACGUCAGCCAGCCCAAUCGGGGCCGAAGUGUCUGUCGUGCGAGGAAACCGCACACCUCCGAUGACGAGCUCCAGACCCGCAUUGCUUCAGGGCAGCUACUCCCUCACAGCACAGACCUCACUUACAGGGGAAUCCAGCUCACAAACUGCAGUUGGUGUGUCUGCUGCCCCCUGGGUUAUUAGCAACUCUAGAAAGAGAACACUGCAGGAUCGGACCCAGUUCAGUGAUGGGGAUCUUAUCCAGCUAAAGCGCUACUGGGACCGAGGCAUGACCAGCCUGGGCUCAGUGUGCAGGCAGAAGAUCAGCGCUGCAGCAAACCAACUCAAUGUAGACACUGAAAUAGUCAAGACAUGGAUCAGUAACAGACGGAGGAAGUACCGUCUGAUGGGUAUUGAAAUCCCUCCACCCAAAGGUGGGCCUGCUGUAUUCACAACCUCAUCGCCAGGAAACCAAUCGCCAGUGUCCCUCAGCCCUAACGAGGAGCGUCUCAGAACCCCUGAAAUUGGAGAUGACAUGAACGAUGGCGGCUCUGUGUGCCUGUCUGAGGAUGGCACCAUCGAUUCACAACACAGGGAUGGAGAGGAUGGAAACGAUCUGCCCAAUGCUGCUCCAAUGGCCAAUAAUGUGAAGAUCGAAGUGAUCGAUGAGGACGAGGAAGCCGAUGAGGAUGAAUUAGUGGCUUCGGACCUUGAGCAAAUGCAGAACUUGCUGGAAUUCAAGCAUGAGGAAGUCCAGUUCUUGGAGAAUGAGCUAGAGAACCAAAAACAAAAGUACCAGGAUCUUGCAAGCUUCACAAAAAGCCUGCUCAGUGCUGUGAGGAACAAUGACCUGGAGAGGCAGCAGGAACUCAUGGCCAGUCUACCUCAGCCUUCAGACCAGGAAUGGGACAUGACCGUGGACAGAGGAGCCCAGUCUCCUGCUGAGUCAGCAGAUGAAUCCUCCAACCACAGUAACCCCCAGGCAGCCGGCACGAGCUGCAGAGACCCUCAGCUGGCCCAGGCAAACGAAGUCCCGCUGGUCACCAUGAUCAAAGAUGAUACUGAUGUUACUGAGCCCUCUGCAUCAGAGGAGCAAAUGCAGGAAGCAGAACCAGAGUGACACAGACACACACACACACACACACUUAUAGAGAUGUUUCCUCACUCCAAAAAGAGGCUUAUUUCAAACUAUAGAGACUGUAGUGUCUAACAAUUACAAAAACACUCUUGGAAAAGUCACACUCCACGCCCAGUGCCUGUGGAUUGACACUUCACUUAUGACUGUUGGGCUUUUUUACUGCAUAUCAUUCGCCUUGAGAGAACAAUAAAUGACC